AAUUUAUUGAGUGCACGGACAAGGCCAAAAUGCCGCUGCGGAAUUGUUAGCUGCACCUCACAUAGACAACUCAAUAACGGCUGAGCACGAAACGAGUUGAUCAAAAACACGUUUGCUUGUGUAAAGCGAAAACUUGAGGGCGAGCACUAACCGGCCGAGAGCGUGGGAUUCGCAGCGCGAGCACGCUAAGAGUUCAAUUCAGCUUCUCUCAGGCCGAUCAGCGCUGGCUCAGAGGAGAGGGUAACACGACUUCGGCUUUUGGCUGGGAGCAUGGCACCGGGGUGACUUCGGCUAGGAGCAUGGCUGCUUCUCAGCCAGGCGGACUCCCGCGCCAGGGCCAUGUCCCAAACGGGGUGGGCUCUUUCCGCAGAGAUGGAGCCGACAGGCCUCCUCCAGGGGCACCCGCAGACACGGACGUGGACGCUGCAAAUAUUCUUGAGGCGUGGGACAGAGCUCGAGCAGCAGAGGAUGCCAGCGUUCAUCGGGGAGGUGUUCUGCACGAGCAGGCGCCAGGGCCGGACGGCGCAGCAGGCUCUGGAGCGGACGAGGACGGGCUCGGGCAGCUGCGAAAGCAUGGUCCUGGGCCUGAGGACUUAACCAGGGGGCUUCUCACGUCAGUGCGGCACGUUCACGCAUCGAAUCAGGCGGCUAAAUUGCGCUUGACAUCGAUCGACGGGCGGAAAGGGUUGCCGUCCGUGGACCCCUCCAGCUCUGAGGCGUCGCCUAGUGACAGGGUCCGGCAAGCCAAACAAAGACGGAAUAGUUACUCUGUGCCGCAAACGCCGGGCCUGCCGCUUGACUUGCUGCUGGGGCCGGGGCCAUCGGGCUCCGUCAGCCAGCAGGGGGCGCCGGCGCUACGCGGCGUGGACUCGCCGCGCACGGCGCGGCGACCGCCGACGCGGCGGGCCACGUUGAUGGACCUGGCGGACGCUGCAGCGAACCCCACAGCGCUUGCGCACCCAGUGCCCAGCAUGUCGGGCCAGGUUGUGCAGCCGGGCGCGGGGACGCCAACUUGGGCAUCGCCAGGCGCGCUGUCGCGCGGCUCCAACCAGCCCGGCUCGCCGCCGCCUGGCUUUGCAAACGGGCGGGAUCAGCCAGCAGGGCCCAGUGGCCAGCACGGGCCAGCAGGCGGUGCAGGUGCUGCAGGGGAUGGGGCGAGCUCGGAUGGUGCCGGCAUCCGCCGCAAGUUACUCCAGAUGAUGUCACUGCAGCGGACGAAGCAGCGCUCCUCGGCGCAUCCUGCAACAAGAUCUCUGGGGCAGGAUGGCGUGCCGCAUGAAUCCGAGGAUGAGGAGGACCCCUUGGCAGCAACGGCGGCGGCGGCGGCGGCAGCAGCCAACGCUGCAACAGCAGCGGCGGCAGCAUCCGCAGCCGCAGGUGCUGCAGCAGCGGCGGCGACAGCGACAGCGGCAGCGGCGGCAGCGGCGGCAGCCAGCAGCAGCGGGGCGGCAGGGAGGCAAAUGCCGCACGACUCGGACGAGGAGGACGUGGACGUGCGUGCUAGCGGGUCAGCAGCGGGCGUGUCGUGGGGCAUGGGCGGCGGCACGGCGGGACCCAGUCCCAGCGAGCUGCGCAUGAUGGGCGCCGCCACCAGCGUGUCGUUCAAGAAGAGCACCAUGAAGCAGGGUGUGCUGCGGCCGCUGUCCACGCUGCCGCCAUUCGUGCCGCGACUGUUCAUUGAGGACAUCACGCUCAACCACGAAAAGUACCGGGGCUUUGACGCGGCGGGGCGAGACCUGACGGCGGCGUCGAAGACGUUGCAGCCGUCCAUCAUCGAGCUGCAGGCGUCGGUCAUGAUUGCGGAUGUGACCGGUUUCACCAAGCUGACGGAGAUCCUAUCCAAGAAGGGCACGUCGGGCGUGGAGCUGCUCACCACCUGCAUGAACAACUACUUCACGCGCGCCAUCAACAUGAUCAUGGCGUACGAGGGCGACGUGGUCAAGUUCGCGGGCGACUCGAUGAUCUGCCUCUUCUACCCCAACGAGCACGAGCGGCGGCACCCCGACAAGGGCCUGCGCGCCUGCACGCUGCGCAUGGUGGCCUGCUCCCACCAGCUGGCCACCAAGCUGGGCCACAUGCGCAUGAAGAUGAACGGGCAGGUGGAGCCGGCGCCGCCGCCCACGCCCGACCCCACGCCGCCGCUGCCGGCGCAGCCAUCCAACCUGCUGUCUUCGCCGCUGUUGUCGGCGCCGCCGGGGCUGGGUGCGGGGCCGUCAGGGGAGGCGGAGCCGGUGGACGGCGUGGCGGGGACGGACGGGCUGCGGCACAACAGCGGGCCGAUGAGCGGCGCGGCGGCGGCGAUGGGGCGGCGGCUCGGGAGAGACUCGCCGCGCAGCAGCGCCACCAACCAGCCGCUGGGGGUGCCGGGGGCGGGCAUGGGCGAUGAGGGCAGCCCAUCCACGGCGGAUACCUCUGGGCGGGGCGGGGACGACGCGGCGGCGGUGGCGCGCAAGCGCGGCAAGAGCUGGAGCCUCAUGGCCAACCUGCUGAAGGGCACUCGCGGCGGGGGCCGGAAGAGCGAGGCGGCUAUGACGCCAGCGUCCAUGUCGCCAGCUGGAUCCAGCGGGCCAUCGCGCGCGUCCUUCGAUAAAGGGGAGAAGCCUGGGACCAGCCGCAUGUCCGCGCGCGAGCGCGCCAAGACGGAAACGGGGCUGGGGUUGGCGCUCCGGGGCAGCGCGGGCGGCGGCGGCAGCGGCGGCGGGACGGACAGCAGCGUACAGGGCGGUGCAGCCAGCGGCGCCGCGGCGUCGUCGCAGCCGGCCGGGCUGUGGGCGGGCGGCGAGGGCGUGGUGCGGCGCGAGCUGUCGGUCGCUACCAAGCUCAACCUGCCGCCGCCGCUGCGGCCGAUGCAGGGGCGAGCCAGCCAGACGCUGUCGCCGCUCAACGUGGCGACCAGCGGCGGCGCCGCGGCCCCCAGCAGCGUGCCGCUGGCGCAGGGCGUGUACCCGGGCAGCGGCGGCGCCCUGGCCAGCAUGGCGCUGGGCGCCGCGGCCGGCACCGGCGCCGGCACGCCCGGCGGCUCGCCGCGCAGCUUCACGGAGCAGGCGGCGGGCAGCGGGGGGUCGUUCCGGAAGCCGCCGCUGGGCGCGCGCAGCGAGCGGCGCAUGGCGGGCAACCCGCCCAUGGUCAGCAGCAACGCGCCCACAGGCGACUGGCGCUCCAAGCUACAGAACCUGAGCACCGCCAUCGUGCAGGCGCCAGGGCGCUUGGAGGAGGACCCGCUGGCGCCGCAGCGCAGCCGGCUGAGCGAGAGCGCGCGCGCGGUGCGCUGGGACACGGUGCAGGAGGAGGUGGCGGCGGAGUUUGCGGAGCAGGAGGAGGCGGUGGAGGAGGACGAGGACGAGGAGGGCGAGGGGGACGAGGGGGAGGAGGAGCCGGAGGAGGACGCCAGCUACCCGCCCAUCCAGGCGGAGGCGGCGUCGUCCAUGUCGGUGGCGGGGCAGCCCAUGAAGUCGCUCAUCCUGGGCUCCAGCGGGCCGCACACCGCCAGCACGGACGGCAGCAGCACCCCGUCCGCGGCCGAGCGCUCCUACAGCCCAGUGGGCAGCCAGAGCUCGGGCGGGCUGGGCGGGGCGCGUGCGGCGGGGCACGCGGUGGACCUGCGGCGCAAGCUGCUGCUGCGGGCCAGCCACUCGGAAAAGGAUGAAGCCAACGGGCGGCGCAGCCUGGGCGGCGUGGGCGUGCCGGCGCAGCCGGAGGCGGCGCUGGGCGCGGGGCCGGGGCCGGUGGCGGAGGGCGCGGAGGAGUACCGCGCGCGGCACCACAGCGAGGUGGAGCACCGCGAGCGCGACGGCGGCGGCGGCCGCUUCAUGAGCAAGGUGGUGAGCUGGUUCAGCGCAAACGCGCGGAACCGCAACUCGUACGUGGACUCCUUCUCCAACGUGGCGCAGCACCAGGCGUCGGGGCAUGGCGGGCUGGAGGGCCACAGCGACCCGCAGGCCGGCGCCGGCAGCCAGCCGCCCUCCGCGCCCGCCUCCGCCUCCAACUCGUUCAACUACACCACCGGCCUGGCCUCGGGCAUUGCGCGCGUGCCGCCGCCCAACAUGGGCGUGGGCAGCGGGCCGCUGGGCAAGGGCCCGCGCGGCGACCCCAUCAUGGACGAGGUCAGCAACUCGCGCCUGAGCCUCAAGGUCAUGACCAGCGCCGGCAGCGUGUGCGUGUUCCACGUGGGCGGCGGCGUUGACGAGGUGACCGACCCCACACUGCCCGAGGUGCCGCGCUGGGAGUUCUUCAUCGGCGACCGGCCGCUGGCGCCGCUGCUGGACGUGAACCAGCGGCGGCGCUGCGUGAGCCAGGUGGCGGCGAUUGAGGACCAGGCGACGGCGGGCAGCGUGGUGGCGGGCAUCGAGGUGGUGGAGCUGAUCCAGGGCGAGUGGGAGGUGGUGGCGCUGCCGGACAGCGUGUGGCGGGUGGUGGGGCCGUCGGCACCGGGCGCGGCCGCCAACAUGCGGUCGAGCCACACCAGCGUGCGCACGUCGCACACCUGGCACACGCGCGCCGCGGACGUGGGGCCUCUGGGCAGCAGCGCCAUGAUGGCGAUGCCAGCAACGGUGGAGGCGGUGCCGGAGGGGGGGGCGGGGGCGGAGGGCGGCUCGAUAGAGGACCUGAGCACGCUGCACGGCAUGCGGCAGGCCAGCUCGGGCACGGGCCAGAACGGCCCCGCCUCAGCGCUGCUGGGGCCGCACGCCCGGUCGCUGGGCAACUCGCAGAACGGCAGCAGCGACCGGCCCACCAACGGAAGCGGCAGCGCGCAGGCGCCGCCGCUGCCGCCGCCGCACCCCUCCCACCUGCAGCAGUCGCUGCUUGCGAUACGCAACUCGCACUCGGACCGGCUCGCCGCCGGCGACGGCGCCACCGCGGGCGCCGCUGCCGCCAACGGCGAUAACAUGGAGCGCACCAACAGCGGUCCGGCCGGGCCCACCGCCAGCAACACCAGCCAGCGGGCGUCCAACUCGCAUGGGCAGCUGGUCGCGCAGACCAGCGGCUCCCACACCGCGGGCGCGCCGCCGUCGGGCGCGAUCGUGCCGGCCGCCGCCGUCACGCCCAACGCCAACGCGGCUGGGCUGGCGGCGGCGCUGGCGGCGCUGCCGCCGCGUCUGCGGCACGAGUUUGUGAACCAGCCGGAGCCGGUGCAGCGGCGCAUUGCGGGGCUGCUGCGCAUGCACGUGCUGGGCAGCGUGCGCGUGCGCGUGGAGGCGGGGCACCUGGACUUCAUCAACGAGAUCCGGCCGCUCACGUGCAUGUUCCUGGGCUUCCCCAGCCUCAUGCAGCCGCUGGACGACGUGAGCCACAAGGACCAGGUCAGCUGCGUGCAGUUCGCCUACACCAGCGUGCAGGCGGUCAUGCGCAAGUGGGACGGCUCCUUCCUGCAGUUCCGCAGCGACGAGAAGGGCUUCGUUGGCAUCUGCGCCUUCGGCCUGCCGGGGCACACGCACGAGGACAACCCCACGCGCGGCAUCCGCGCGGCGCUGGAGCUGGCGAGCGUGAUCAAGGCGGGCGGGCACCGCUGCAGCAUCGGCGUCACCACCGGCGACCUGCUGUGCACGUGCGUGGGCGCGCGCAAGCUGCGCUCAGAGUACACGGUGUUCGGCGACGCCAUCAACCUGUCGGCGCGCCUGAUGGUCAAGUGCAAGAAGGACGCCUCCAUGGGCGACAUCCUGUGCGACGAGCCCACGUACCUGCGUGCCAAGUACCAGGCGUCCUUCAUCGAGCUGGAGCCGCUGCCCGUCAAGGGCAAGGCGCAGCCGGUGCAGGUGUACCGGGUUGGCGCGCACGACGCCACGGCGGAGGCGCAGGCGGCGCAGCAGCGGCGCGAGGCGGCGGAGGUCAGCAGCGGCGAGCGGCCUCUGAUUGGGCGCGACGCGGAGAUGACGCUGACGCUCAACCACGCGGCCAGCAUGAUCAGCGGCAUGUCGCACGGCGGCAUCAUCAUCAUUGAGGGCAACACGGGCAUGGGCAAGACCAAGCUGCUGAUGGAGGUGCGCAAGAGCCUGGAGCGCAUCAACGCCGACACCUCCAUCUCCAGCCGGCCCGCCUUCCACAUGGUGUUUGGCAUGGCGGACACAGCCAACAAGUCGCAGAAGCUGCACCCCUGGCGCCGCGUGUUCCAGGAGCUUUUCAGCCUGGACCUCAAGCUGAAGAGCCUGGGCUCCGGCAACUCGCCGCCCGGCUCCGCCACCAACGUGUUGGGCAUGAGCGGCGGCAGCAGUCAGCAGAAGCGGCUGGGCGCCGGCACCAGCGCCUCGGGCCAGCAGCAACCGCAGCAGCAGGGCCGGCGGCGCGGGACGGAGGACGGGCCGGGGCAUGCCAUGUUCACACCGCUCGGCGAGCGGUUGAGCAAGGUGCCCAACUACGACACCGAGUGGCGCCAGCACCUGGCCGAGCUGCUGGACCUGCCGCUGCCCUCCAUCCCGCUCGGCAGCCUGGAGGCAGAGCAGGUGCAGUACGUGGCGGCGCUGGCCGCACCCGCGCCGCAGAGCGCCGGCGCCGGCGCGGUGCAGACCACGCUCUCCCUCCCGAGCCAUCCGCCGCUGCUGCUGGGGCGCGAGUCCACAGACGGCGAGACGGGCGACCACCCGCUGGCCAACGGGACGGCAUCGGGCGCCAUGCCCCUGCUGGGCGCCGUCAGCGACCCGGCGCCGCUGGGACCGGCGGCGACGGCGACGGCGCACGCGGGCAGCAUGCUGCGCGCGCCGGGGCCCUGGAAGUCACCCAGCGUGCGGCACGGCAGCAUGACCGUGUCCGGCGCGCCGCCGGUGCUGCUGGACGCGCACGCGCACGGCAGCACCAUCAACAUUGCGGCCGCGGCCGCGGCGGCCGCCGCCGCGAACGCCGAGGUGCCGCCGCCGCCGCCGCACGCGGGCACGGUGUCGGCGGGCGGCACGCACGGCGGCGCCACGCACAACAGCCAGGUCGGCGCGCCCAUCCGCAAGAACAGCCUGAACUUCCUGGUGCACGUGAUGCAGGAGUUCAUCUCGCUGUACGGCCCCACGCUGGUGCUGCUGGAGAACCUGCACGACUUUGACACCUGGUCCUGGCAGCUGCUGGUGAAGGCGGCCGAGGUGCUCACCACCGACUGCAUGAUCCUGGCCACCACGCGCCCCAACGACCUGCCCGCCGUGGGCGCCAGCCACCACCUGCAUGGCAAGGCCGCGCUGUACCAGAAGGUGGCCAUGAUGUACCGCCACCUGCUCAAGCUGCCGUCCGCCACGCGCAUCGUGCUGGAGCCCUUCAACUUCCACCAGACCAAGAGCCUGAUGCAGGUGGUUGCGGACAUCAACUACCCGGACCAGUACGUACUGGCGGUGAUGGAGAAGACGGGCGGCAUGCCGCUGUACAUCGAGAAGGUCACCGAGUUCCUGUGCCAGAGCCAGCGGCCCUGGCUGCCGGAGCAGGGCGGCGAGUUCUCCGCCAACGUCAACAAGAUGAUCCGCAACCUCAACUUCCAGCAGGUGAUCAUCGAGCGCAUGGACCGGCUGAAGCCCGGCAUCCACCUUACGCUCAAGGUGGCCAGUGUGAUGGGCCAGUGGGUGGACCUGGACAUCCUGCACAAGUUCUACCCCAUCAACAAGAGCAAGGAGGAGCUGCGCGCGCACCUGCAGGAGCUGGAGCGGGGCAACUUCCUGAAGCCCACGGACGCGGAGGGCGUGUGGGAGUUCAACAUGGUGGAGCGCGACAUUGUGUACGAGGUCAUCCCGCACUACCAGCGCCGCCGCCUGCACGCCAAGCUGGCGCAGGAGCUGGAGAAGAGCCUGGAGGAGCAGCACGUGGCCACCCUGACCACCAUCGCCUACCACUGGAACCAGGCCUGCAUGGGGCACGAGGUGACGGAGGUGGAGUGCUCGCUCAAGGCCAUCGAGUUCUGGCACCGCGCGGCCGAGGCGGCCUACAGCGGCAGCAGCCUGAUGGAGGCGCUCAAGCUGUACCAGAAGGCGGCGCAGAUCGCCGAGAUCCUGGCCGAGAGCAUGGGCGGCUCCGUUACUAACGGCAGCAUCAACGUCAUGCACAAAGGCCGCGACCGCCACGGCGACGGCGGCUCGGGCGGCAAGGACGCGGACGGCGGCACGGGCGCCAGCACCGACGGCCGCAUCGACGGCACGGACCAGUCGUUCACGGCGGUGGGCAGCGCGUUCAAGGGCGCGCUCAACUGGGCGCUCAUCAGCCGCCUCAGCCGCAGCCAGUGGGAGAAGUCCAUGGCGUCGUGCUGCCUGGGCAUUGUGCUGCAGCACCGCUACGAGUUCAACACGCAGCUGGAGUACUGGGACACGGAGGACUACUUCCGCCUGCUCACCGAGCACGCCAUCCGCGGCCUCAUGCUGCUGGGCGCCCCCCACCCCAAGGAGCUGCUGUCGGAGGCCGGCAGCCGCAACACCGCGCUGCUCAGCCGCGUGUUCUGCUGCUGCAGGCCGGGCGGCAGCGGCCGCGACUCGCCGGAGCGCGGCGGCGGGUCGCAGGGCGGCGGCUGGGCGACGGGGCUGGUGCUGGCGGACAGCGAGGUGCAGGAGAUCCGGGACAUCCUGCUGGUGCUCAUCAUCGCGGCGGAGCACUACAGCCUGCAGCACGACGGCGGCGAGUACACGCGCCUGCUCACCUUCUGCAAGCGCGUGUGCAAGUUCUUCAACAAGUGCAGCGACUCGGGCACGGACCCGUUCCACGACAUCCGCGACGCCUGCUCCAGCCGCAUCAAGAACUACAAGGCCAGCCGCGCCAUGCAGAGCACGCUGGACUUCGGCAUCAGCCAGGAGCCGGCGCUGGAGGCGGCGGCGGCGCGCAACGCCGCCGGCGGCCCCAUGGUGGGUCCCGAGCUCAGCCGCGCGGUGCUGGGGCUGCAGCGCCCCGGCACGCCGGGCCGCUCGUACGCCUGAAAGCGUGUGCGGGCGGGCACCUGGGUUGGUUGGCCCCCAGGAGGAGCUGUGAUGGCACCUGGGGGCGGAAGAGGGGGGAGCGGUAGCCGCGGUGAAGGCACAGCCGUGGCGGCGGCGGCGGCGGGCGGCGGCGGCAGUGGCGCGUGGCGAGGAUGGGGUGCAUCGGGCACCAAGGAAGGGCGCCCGGGACGGGGGGAGGGCAUCAGCGGACAGAGCUUAGUAGAGCGUGCCUGCGGGCCGAGCAGCGGGAGAGGUAAUGAGCGAUGCGCGGUGAUCACGCAUUUGAGUACUUUAAGAUGGAGGUUGCGCGGGUAGCAGAGCGCGCGUAGAUUUGCCACUUCAUGAAAGCUUGAACACACAUUGUAGGCUUGUAGCCCAAAGGGGCGUGCUUGCGCCGCAGGACCGAUGUGCUAUUACAGUGAACGCCAAAUGAAUCAUUGUCGGGUCGUGACUUUGGUCUACCCCAUGACUACGCUGUGUGAGCGUGCGUGCGCGUGAUGUGUAUCUGUGUAUGUGUGUGAUGUGUAUGUGUGACGUGUACUGUGUGUGUGACGCUUGAAACGGCCGUGCGCCAGGAGUGGAAUGCAUGUGCAUUGCGUGGGAGGUGGAAUGGCGGGGUCUGUGAGCACCUCUGCACAUUACAAUACUUGCAGGAAUGGCCGCGAGUGCGGAAUGACCCCGCGAGUGGGGGCUUCGACAGGGCGCCGCAGGAAAUGGGGCAGUCAUCAUGAGCUCGAUAUAACUGUGUGGGUGAUUGAGUCAGGCCCGCGGCUGUAUUGGGAAGCCGCUAAGCGCAGACGGGCGGCAACUACGCAACUGAUUUGGGCGCGCGUGCAAGGGGUAAGAAUUGAUUUGGGGAAACGGCGGGCGAGUUCCGCUGCUUUCGCAAGAUGGUGUGUGCGGCGGCGAAGACCUCGCAUGCCUGAGGCGGCGCCCGACAGGCCACUCGGGGCUCAAGGGGCUUGGCCCUUGGAGGUGUGUGUGUAGGUGCGCGCAGUAGACUGGCGCGCGUCGGACCAAGCGCGCGUAUGCAGGCCUAGGAGCAGAGGGGGUUACUACCGGCUUUUACGGCUGGGCCUGCAGAACACAGAACAGGGGGCCCGGCUGUAGCUGGGCCGUGUGCAAGCGCAACGUCGCUAUGCCUUCGCAGGCUGCUGUAAUUAUGCUGCCGU